AUGGCAUCAUUGAAUAAUAUCUUGAUCACAGGCGCUUCGCGUGGCAUCGGGCGGGCGACAGCGAUAUUGGCAGGCCAGCGAGGUUGGAAUGUCGGCGUCAAUUACGUUCGAGAUUCACACGCGGCCCAGUCAACCGUGGACGAAAUCCAGAGGGCUGGCGGUGAUGCAGUGGCACUACAGGGCGACAUGUCACAAGAAGCUGAGGUUACCGCCAUCUUCGACUCCAUGAGCUCCAAGUUCGGCCCCAUCCACGGCGUCGUCAUCAAUGCGGGCAUCACGGCGCCUUCAAUGCCGCUGGCUGAUAUGAGCCUCGACCGGCUACGAAGCGUCUUCGAUACCAACGUACUUGGCGCGUACCUUUGUGCUCGAGAGGCCGCCCGGCGGCUGCCCACAUUCCGUGGAGGACCGGGCGGCAGUAUUGUGUUCGUUUCAUCGGCAGCUGCCAGGCUGGGCUCUCCGAAUGAGUACGUCGAUUACGCCGGCUCAAAAGGUGCGGUGGACACGUUGACGGUAGGUUUGUCCAAGGAGCUGGGUCCCGAUGGAGUACGCGUGAACGCGGUGCGGCCUGGGAUCAUCAGCACCGAGAUCCACGCAUCAUAUGGAGAUCCUGGAAGGUCUGAGCGACUGGGCAGUCAAACACCGCUACGGCGGCCUGGAGAAGCGAACGAGGUGGCCGAAGCAAUUGUAUGGCUGCUUUCUCCGGCAUCUUCAUAUGUCACUGGAUCUUUGCUUGAUGUAGCAGGAGGGCGUUGA